CCUCAGAGACAGACUGAUGUUCUCACUCACAAGAAACCCUGAGUGUUGUCGGAGCUGCCGACGUCCUCACGUGCUCAGUUAAUCAUCUGCCCACGCCAGGAUGCAGAGAAAUGUUUCCGCUUGUUUGUCAUCACCGCGUUCUCUCCUGACUGGUGGAUGUUAGACGCCGCCGCUGAGUGUUUUUCAAGUUUUGACCUGUCGCUUCCGUCUUUUUGACAGUGCGAUAUCAAGGUGUGAUUUUUUUUCUUCUUCUUCUCCUUCUUCCUCUCUCCUCGGGAAGCGCCUGGUGAUCAUUUUGUGGCCACACGCAGUAAUGCGAGCAGAGGGGCUGGAGGCUGGCGGACACCGGGACUGAUCUUCACACACACCGUGCGCGUCUCUUUUCUUUCUUUGGACACAGCUCGGAGAGAUAACUGUGGUUUGGCUUCCUCAGCCCGCGCUCUCUUCUUGGCAUUGCGAUGUCCACAAGGAAGACAUCGUUGACGGACAAGCAGGCUAAAAACGGGACGUCAAAAUAUGUGUUGGAGAGAUGCGCUUCUAUUAACGAGUAUUAUGAUAUUGCCUUCAAGGUGAUGCUGCUGGGAGACUCGUCCGUGGGGAAGACAUGCGUCUUGGUGCGCUUUAAAGAUGGGGCAUUUCUGGGAGGCAACUUUAUAGCCACCGUUGGAAUAGACUUUAGGAAUAAAGUGGUGGAUGUCGACAACCUCAAAGUCAAACUCCAGAUCUGGGAUACAGCUGGCCAAGAGAGAUUCCGAAGCGUAACGCACGCCUACUACAGAGAUGCCCAGGCGUUACUUCUGCUUUAUGAUAUCACCAGCAAGAUGUCGUUUGACAAUAUCAGGGCUUGGCUGACUGAAAUACAUGAGUAUGCCCAGAAGGAUGUGGUCAUCAUGUUGCUCGGCAACAAGUCAGACAUGGCUGCAGAGAGGGUCGUGAAGACGGAGGACGGAGAGAAGCUGGCAAAGGAAUAUGGUGUACCAUUUAUGGAGACGAGUGCGAAGACAGGAGUCAAUGUGGAGCUGGCCUUUCUCGCUAUAGCAAAGGAGCUGAAGCACAGAGCGACACAGCAGCCAAACGAGCCCAAGUUCCAGAUACACGACUACAUCGAGUCUCAGAAGCAAAAGUCUGGCUGCUGCGGCCAUAUGUAGCUGAUCCUGAUUACCAGGCAGAGAGAGACACACAGAGAGAGAUGGAGAGAGGGAGUUAGGAGUGGGAAUGAGGUAAACAAAAAAAAAUAAAAAAAAUAACAAGAAGUCUGCUGUCUUAUGAAAAGCCAAUCCCAA